CCACACUCUUCCUCUCUUCAUCCCCCACAUUACCUGUCGCCACCAGAUAUCUGCCCCGGAAGUAUCGUUGUUCAUUCAGUGCCCUGGUGACGUAUACCCCCGCCGGUUAGUGCGAGACACUGGCGGCGUUCCGGAAUUCACCGCCACAUUGCCAUUCGCCGCGGCAUCUCUCCUGUGCCGAUCCACCCAGCGUCUGGACGUCUUUUUCGACGGAGCGCCGGAAAAUAUUCUCUAGAACGAAGGAGUGUGGUAUUACGGAGUACGACCCUUUAACCCUCCCUAUUGAUCUUUCCGACUCCUCCGCUUGAGUGAUUCCGACCGAUCGUCCACCACCCCCGUGUCCCCUUACCCCGUACCUCUCUCUCCACUCCACUCCCGACACAAUGGAUGAGGAACCGUCCCUGAACAUCCCCUCACUCCUCACCCUCGCGGUUGUCUCUUACUUCGUCAUCCGCUGGUUUCUCAACCGAGAUGGGUCCCCCGGUGCAGGUGGCGGCCGCAGUCGUGCCCGUGGCGCUGUUGAUCCAGCCCAAGUCGAACAAAUAUCCCAGAUGUUUCCGCAGUUGAGCACGCGCGAUAUCAUGUGGGAUUUGCAACGCAACGGAGGCAACGUUGCGGCGACGACGGAGAGAAUCUUGACUGGACGGGGGUUGGAAACGCCACCACCCUCAUUCCAGCCCCAAAUCGCCAUCCCAAGACCGACUGCGCAAACGACCGCGACUUCGACGGCGACGGCGACCGCAAAGGCAGAAGGCCAGGAUUUGAUCUCGCGAUACAACCUCCAGGGCAAAGCCGAUGGCGAGGAUACCGCGACCGCGCAAACGGCACCUAGCGGAUGGUCGCAAAAUAAGGACGAGCGACAGCGCCUAUUGCAGAAACGGAGGGAUGAUAUGAUUCUGGCCGCGCGGAAGAAAAUGAUGCAGAAGCAGCAGGGCACGGCCUAGUGAGAUUGUGAACUUCUUCCAAACAUGAUUCUUUGGAGAUGGAAAUUGUGCUUUCGCUUUUGACCUGGACAGAUUGAACGCAACCACCUCUCCCUCUUGUUUUUCUUUUCCUCUUCUUUCAACCAUUCAGAACACAUUACUUGUUAUUUCUUACGCAGGAUGGUGCCCUGCCAGUUGGGCCGGGGCUGUAAGAUUAAAUGCAGGCAUUCUUGCUUUCUAGGAAAGUUCGUUACUUUGUGACUCUCAAGUUGGUUCGCAGUUUCUUCUUCGUUCCCCCGCCCCCGGUCCAGUCUAUCCUCUAUCAUCUCUUCUCAUUUCUCAUUUGACAUUUACUGGAGUCUUGGUUGCCAAAGCGUCGCAUGUUUAUGGUGUUGUAGGGUUGAAAUCAGAAUACCUGCGAUUAUAGGGAAUGAAGGGUAUAUAUACAUAUAAAACAAAUCC